GUUUUCUCAAUCUUACCUUGGUACAAUCUUUGUUUCUGUCGUAGGUGUAAGCAGUAAUUUUAUAUACAAAGUGUGCGGGUUAAAGUAUUUCCGAAGGAAAAGGUAUUUUUACGGCGUCAAAAUUUGUCGAAAAAAAGGAGAGAAGGCAAUGCCUGUGAACCACACCAGUACCACUCCGUUGGAGGAUAUGUCCACGACGAGAGCUGUUAAUGCAAAUAAUCAGUGUUUGAAGGUGUUUAUACAGCGGGAUUAUAACGAAGGAACACUUGUAAAGUUCCAGACACGCUUUCCACAAGAACUUGAAGAUCGGAUUGAUCGACAGGCAUUUGAAUACACGGUUAAUCAGUUGAAUGCCAUAUAUGCUGAAGCUGAGAAAGCUGGAUGCAGUACAUAUUGUAAAGGAUGCAUGGCUUGUCUUACAGCGUACCUUAUUUACAUUUGCACAGAAACACAUUAUGAAAAGUGUCUCCGGAAAGUAGCAAAGUUUAUUGCAGAACAAAAUGAACGUGUUUAUGCUCCACGUGGGCUGCUUAUAACUGAUCCUUCUGAAAGAGGAUUGAGAGUUAUAGAGAUUUCCAUACUGAAUGAGCCAGCAGCGACCAGAACGUGACUUUCCCUUUCGGAGUCAACAGAAGAAUUUUUUAUGUGACUGUUCAUUCUCUUUAAUUGGUGCCACAAUUUUCCUGUUAAAUCAUAUGACCACAGUUUAUGUGCUGCAAAAUAUUAUAUUAUUAUGACUGAUCAUGACAAGAAUGUUGCUUAUUUAUAUAUAAUAAUUAUUUGAAGACAGCAGUAUGUUACACAGUAAAAAUAGAAUUUUAUGCUGUUAUUUUUUUUCUAUACUUAAAAACUAUAAAGGAUUUAAUGUUUCUUUAUUCACAGUUAGUAUGUCCUCAUAUUAAAUAGCCAGUUACUCAUAUAAUUUAAUGAUAGGAGAGAAAAGCCAUGAAGAAUAAAAUGUGAGUAAAUGACAGACAACUCAGUUAGUUUUGAAGGUUGAUAAUAGGAAUCAACAGGCCAGGCCAUAAACACUCUUGGUGUCACAAACUGUACCUUCAGGGAAAACUCAAAAAAAGUAGAGUGAGAUUUGUGAUGUUGAGUUAAUGAGAUGGCAAUAUUUUGCUGCUUUAUAUAGUUUGGACCUUUCUAUAGCCUUAUUCUUAAUGUAGCAGAACUAGUUACAGAUUAUUUUAAGUCAUGAAGUUCAUCUAAUAUUUCACAAUUGGACUGGCGCCUGGGAAUAAAGUUAAUAUUUGCUUCAAAGGAUAAUUAUAUGUCUUGCUGUUUAGAAGCCAUUGUAUGUUCAGUUUAUUUGUGGGAAUGAGAACAUAAUUUAUUCAUAUAUCGAGUGAGUGGGUGACCAUGUCUGAUGCAGAGAAUUAUGUGAAACGAUAUUUGGGAGGUACUGAGGGAGGAAAGCAGAUAAACCUUGGAGAUUUACUUGUUAGUGGUUGGUGUCUGAUGAAAUAAUAGUUUGAAUCAUCAUUUUUUUUUAUGUGGCUGCCAGACAAGUUGCCACAUUAUGAGAAGGUUUUACAUGGUGUUGUAUAACAUUUUGAAUAUUUGAGGCUGUCGUUUUUAUGUUUGGGUACUAGUGGUCAGUCAAGCUCCAUUCUUUAUAUGUGCGACUAAGCAAGGUGGUGUAUUAGUUAGUGCAAUUAGGAGUAGUGUGGUUCAAACUCCUAUCCUGCCAUCCUGAUUUAGGUUUUCCGUGGUUUUAUCAAAACAUUUAAGGUGGAUGCUGACAGGAGCCUUUGAAAUAGGCCAUUUACUUUCCCAAUUAGGAGUAGUGUGGUUCAAACUCCUAUCCUGCCAUCCUGAUUUAGGUUUUCCGUGGUUUUAUCAAAGCAUUUAAGGUGGAUGCUGACAGGAGCCUUUGAAAUAGGCCAUUUACUUUCCCAAUUAGGAGUAGUGUGGUUCAAACUCAUAUCCUGCCAUCCUGAUUUAGGUUUUCCGUGGUUUUAUCAAAGCAUUUAAGGUGGAUGCUGACAGGAGCCUUUGAAAUAGGCCAUUUACUUUCCGCAUCCUUGCCCUACCCUAUCAUGAGCCCUUUAUCUAAUGACUUUGUUGUUGAUUGGGGUAAGCCCUAAUUUUAUUUCCUUUUUAUUUCUGUGUAUUUAAUUAAAAUAGUUUUAUAAAAGCAUUUCUUGUAUGUCAUGGGAACUGUACUAUGACACUUUAUUCAAGAAUGAAAAUGUAGAAACUCUCAAAUUGUAAUAUUGAGCAAAAUGAAUAUGUUCUGAAAAGAAGUAGCAGUUGGUUUGCAUCUGUGAAAAGCCAAGCAUUUAUAUUUCAGGUGACAACGUUCCCAUGUGUAUUUGUGUAGGUAGUGGAUUUAGUCAAUUUCCGUGUGUACUUAAAUUUUCACAUUUUGGUUGCAUCCUUUCACGUUCUAGUGUAUUUCAUUAGUUGUGCUAAUGUGCAGAAAGAUGUGUAAAAAGUGAAAAUUAUUAUACUGCAUUUAAUGGUAAGUGUUUGAGGUACUUCAGAUGACUAAACGAGGAAAGGUGUGUAUUCAUUGAUGUCCUGGUUUGUGUCACUUGUAAGCAGAUCAUCUACUUUUCUAACUUGUCUUUGUUUAAAUAUAUGUAAAACUACUAAAAAAAUAAAGUGAAAACUACUGCUUAUAAA